AAAAUAAACAUAGAACAUCAAGAGUCAAUGGACUUGAUCUAUGUACCAUAGCAUGUAGGAUAGGAGUUCAAGCUAACACACUGACACUUUGUUACUAGUAUCUUUUACUAAAUUUACAGAUAUAAAACAACUUGGCAUACUCUGAAGAAGAAAAGGAUGACCGGAUUAGAAAUGCUACCAAAAGAGUAUGGAUAUGUGGUUCUGAUUGUUGCUCUCUCUGGAAUUCUCAACCUUUGGAUGGUCUAUCAAGUCGUCAAAGCUCGCAUUAAGUACAAUGUUCGGUUACCUAGACUAUAUGCUUUAGAAUCUGAAAAUAAGGAUGCCAAACUUUUCAACUGUAUUCAGAGAGGUCACCAGAACACACUGGAAUGGAUGCCCUUAUUCUUAAUGUUAAUGGCAAUGGGAGGGAUAAAGCAUCCUAUUAUGUCUUCUGUGUUUGGCUUUAUUUACGUGGUUGCUCGUUUUUUCUAUUUCAACGGCUACUCCACUGGCCAUCCUCAGAAGCGUCUUACUGUUGGAGUUUAUAAUUACAUGGCCCUGGUGGGGCUUCUUCUGUGCACCAUUUCUUGCGGACUGGGUUUCCUUCUUGCCUAAAGAAAGAUGCUUGCUCCACAAAAGACUACCCAGCCAACUUGUCAUCUUGUUUUUUACCGUCUAUUUUUAAAAUCAUGUCUAUGAUUUUUGUAACCGUAAAUUAUUGUAAUUGUAGAUUUUCGAAAUAAAAUAUUAUAAAUAAA